AUGCAAGCUUGGUAUGGUUUGAAGCGUUGCAGAGAUAACUUGUUCGGGAGUUGGGAGUCCUCAGUGAACAAACUGCCCAAGUUUAUGAAGGCACUCCAUAGAACGAACCCGGGUACGGCAAUUGAGUGGGUUUUCAAACCAACAGACAUUCCAACACGGAAGAUGAUCAAGUACUUCUUUUGGGCCUUCAAGCCAUGCUUGGAUGGAUUCAAGUUCUGUCGAAAAGUUAUUAGUGUGGAUGGAACUCAUCUGUACACUAAGUACAAGCACAAGUUACUAAUUGUCGUUUGCUUGGACGCCAAUAACCAAGUGCUACCACUAGCAUUUGCUCUUGUUGACAAUGAAACCACGGCGGCUUGGAGGUGGUUUUUUCAAAUGCUACACAGACAUCUAAUUUCUCAAAUUCCAGAUGGAGAAAGCGUUUGUGUAAUUUCAGAUCGAGCUCCGGGAAUUUUACGAGCUUUAGCGGAGUUGCCCGAAUUUGCUCCCCCUAAUGUUUUUCACAGGUUUUGCUUGAGACACGUGUGCUCCAAUUUCAACAAACGUUUUAAGAGUGUAGAUUUGAAGGAUCUAUGCUACAAGGCGGGAGCGGAGUCUCAAAUUUGGAAGUUUAACCACAUUCUUAAUGUGAUCAAAUCUCGGAGUGUUGAAGCUUAUAAUUAUUUGAAGGAUAUUGAUCAAGAAAAAUGGGCAUUUGCACAUGAUGGGGGCAAUCAUUGUGGUCAGCUUACUACAAACAUGUCAGAGGCUCAUAAUGGUGUUCUCAAGGGAACUCGAAAACUUCCCAUCUCAACAAUUGUUGACCUCACAUUCAACCGCAUUCUUAGGUAUUUCUUAAUCGUCUCGAAAAGGCCAAUUUGA